AUGCAUCAAAAAACAGUCGGCUUUUUUGCACGCAUGGUGCACGCCAUUCCGGUGGUGCGUCCUCAAGAUAUCGCAGAAGCCGGUCAGGGUCGUAUUCAGCUAUUGAAUCCAAAGACGGAGCCGCGUAAAAUCUCGGGCAACGAUACAAAGUUUUUGGCUCAACUUCGUCCCAAUGACUUUAUUGUUCUCCCUCGGAAUGCGGGUAAACUUGAGGUGGUCAAGGUGAUCUCCGAUACCGAAUUGGAGAUUAAAGCAGAUGUACGGGACGAAAAAGCAAUGAAUGUGUUGAUCAAUCCAGAAGGAACGGCAUAUAAAUGUGUGCCACACGUUGAACAAGACUCUGUUUAUGAACGAGUGUAUGACGAAUUGAACAAUGGUCAAUGCAUUACCAUCUUUCCCGAAGGAGGCAGUCACGACCGUGCAGAAAUGUUGCCUUUUAAAGCUGGUGUGACUAUUAUGGCCCUUGGCGCCAUGGCCAAAUAUCCCGGUUUGGAUGUCAAGAUCGUCCCUUGCGGUCUCAAUUAUUUUCAUGCUCAUCGAUUUCGUUCCCGAGCUGUCAUUGAAUUUGGCAACCCUAUUACAAUCAGCCCAGAGCUCGUCGAAUUGUUUAAACUUGGUGGCUCGCAAAAGAGAGAAGCAUGUCAGCAACUGUUGGACACCGUUUUUUAUGCUUUAAAAACGGUCACAGUCAACGCAACGAAUGAUCAGACGCUCAUGGUGAUUCAAGCAGCUCGAAGACUGUAUAAAACGGCGAACCAGAACCUACAUAUUGCGCAAGUGGUCGAUCUCAAUCGACGUUUUGUAAUUGGAUACAAUCUGUACAAGGAUGACCCCACCAUUAUUGAAUUGAAACGCAAAGUGCUCGCUUACAACCAACUGUUGAAAUACCACGGAUUGCGAGACCAUCAAGUACCUGAAAUCAAUCUCCGGGAGUGGCGUACCUUUUUCCUUUUAUUAUAUCGAGUGAUGGUUCUGGUGAUUUGGGGCUUGUUGGCAUUUCCAGGCACGAAAAAGGCUAAAGAGGCGCUGGCGGGUUCAUCGGUGAAAAUUGCUGGACGAGAUGUACUGGCCACGUGGAAAUUCAUUGUUGGUCUUGUCGUGAUACCCUUGCUUUAUGGUCUGUACAGCUUAUUGGUGUUGGGUUUUGCUUUGAGAACAAACUGGACUUGGACUCAAAAGAUCCUGCUCCCCAUCGCCACGUGGAAUCUGCUGCCCUUUGUCAGCUACGCCAGUUUGCGAUUUGGUGAAAAUGGCAUGGACGUCUACAAAUCGCUUCGGCCCUUGUAUCUUGCGUUAACCGAUCCAGACAGUACGACUAAUUUGCGUCACACACGAGAAAAAUUAUCGCAGGACAUUACACGCAUUAUCAAUGAAUUUGGACCCAAAGUAUUCAGCGAUUUCGAUCCGCAAACAAUCGAACAAAGUCGAAAAUCGGCGUCCGAACUGGCAGAAGGUAGCAGCACCUUUUCACAGAUUGCUAGUCGAUUUCUCAACAGUGCGGCAUUGGAUUGGUUGGAUGAUCGCAAUAUUUUCAACUGGAGUAAACAAGAAGACUCCGAUACAGAUGAAGUGCUCUAUUUCCUGGACAAGCAUGGAUCUAUUAGCACGUCUGCAAGCGAAGCGGAAGGUUCAGGCUUGAUGCGAAAGGAUCGGCGCCGAAAUAGUCGCUCUCACUUCAAGAGUGCUUGA